AUGAUGCUAAACCGUUCCAAACUAGUACGGAUACCGAUAAGAUCGGUUCACGUAUACUCUAAGGCAAAAUAUAAGAGGAAAAUCUCUGAAAAGGUUGCGGUUAACCUUGAGCAACAAAAUUCUUCAUUUGGUGUUGACGUGAUAAAUGGUAACGACAAUGAAACUCAGACACUUCAAAAGCUCAAGAACUUGCAAGAGUUGACUAGAAAAUUAAGAUCAGAAUUGAAUACUCCAAAAGCAGACAAGCGUGUUGAAGAAAGCUUGAGUGCACCACAAGAUUCUCAAGCAGAAGAGAAAGAUAUUGAUGAAAUUUAUCAACAUAUAAUGGCGCCAUCCGAAGGCCAGGGCCAGUCUGAGGAUUUAAAAAGUUUACCUCUUAAUAAUUCACUUCUACAGAAAAUAAUUCUGAAAAAUUCAACCAUUCCUGAGGCAAUAUCUACUAAAAUUGUCGACAUUGAUAAGUUUAUGCCAUCUAAAUUCAAUCAAAAUUGGGGGUUAUUACUUGAAGAUUUGAAGGAAAAUAACUCGAAAAUUUUUGAGGAAGUACCGGUCAAGGAUGUGCAAGACUUUGUUGCAGCGAUACCAUUGAAAGAUAGAGAAAAAUCACUUCGUACAAUAGAACACUUAUUGAAGGAAUCAAAUGUCAAACCCACAACAUUUAUUUCUGAUUUAUUAUUAGCAGCAAAGGCAAAUAAUUGCGAUAAUAUCAGAGAAAUUGAUAGUUUUUAUAAAAAAAUGAUUAGCGAAGGAAGUAAACCUUCACUUUAUACUUUUGGAAAUGUAUUUAAGGCAAUUAGAAAAUCGUCGAAAACUUUUACUUUAUUCAGAGGCAAUACUAUACCGUUCAAACAACUUCAAAGUUUCAGAAACCAUAACUUAGCUAAGAUAAAUGAAUAUUUAUUAGAAAUGCAGAAACAUAAGAUCCAAGCUAACUUAAUCAUAUACACCAAUAUUUUGCAAGCAUGUAUGUCCUUGGAAGAUUACGACCAAGCGAUUGAAGUUUUUGAUAUGUGCAAAUUCAACAAUUUAAAACUUGAUGCGAAUAUAUAUAAUUCCAUUUUGCUUUUGGAAGGUAAAAGGAAAAACUUGGAGAGAUGUUUGGAUUUGUAUCGCGAAAUGCUAGAAGCCUCAAUUAAGGCGAACGGCGAAACAUUCUUAAUUUUAGCACAAGCGUGUUGCUCAAAUGAUCGUUAUAUAUUCAAAGCUUGGGAGUUUUUAAUAUCUUACUUAGAAGUUGAUGGAAAUAGUUCAAAGCCUUUAACAAAGAGAUUAGUGGAAGUUAUGAUGAUAUUGGCGUCUAAAGAUUCAGAUUUGGAGCUAGCAAGAAUUUUCUUCUUUCAGACAUUUCAAAAGUUUGCUGCUAACAACCAAGAUCCCGGUCCUGAAAUUUUGAAUUUGCUACUUGAGACUUACAAGAAUUUUGAUCCAAAGGAGCAGAAACAAUCGGUUAUGUAUGCUAAUGAGAAGACUAGGAGCUUGCGUUUCAAUUUGAUUGAGAGUGUUGAUUUCUCAAAUUUAUGCUUUAAUACACUCAGCAAAAAAUUUGACGAAAAUAUUAUGGUGAAAUCAGGCGAUCUCCAGUCUUUACCAAUGUUGCCAAUUCAGAGAUUGACUAAUUCUAAACAAAUACUCGAGGAAAGUAGGGCAAUUUGGUCAUUUAUUGUACUCCAUUUCCCACACUAUAUUAAUGUCCAAAAUGUUAGUUCAUACUUGAAGAUUUCUCUAAAUCAUGGGGAAAGAAUUGAUGAUUAUGUUGAGAAGUUCAACCUUUUAACAUAUUUCGAGGACGAAGGGAUUGAAUUUAGUAAGAUCACAAAACAGAUCCCUGGCAAAACGAUUACUUUGGAAGAUGAUGACUAUGAUUAUGAAAAAAAAUCCACUGCUAAUGGUGAACAAUCAAAUGAUACCCAAACCCCAAUACUUGAGGAAGACAAAGAAAUUUCAGUGGAUAGUCAACCUGAAAUCAUUAAUUUGGCAAAUGAUCAUCAAAAGAAACUCAAGAUCCCAAGAAGCAACGCAUUGUACAAGCUUUCACUUGUCGUCAGUAAAAAAUUCAAGGAUCUAGAGUAUAUGCAAGAUACCUGGGUCGAGCGUGGUAAAUUCCGUAAAACUUCAAGGUUCAGAAACUUAUCAAUAGAGAAGAAAAACGAACUUGAUUUUGAAUUUGCCAGAGCUAUGAUAAAAUCUUUGCUUUCUAUGGGUUUAGUGAAUGAUGCAUUGAAUAUUGUGUUAUCAACGGAAAAUCAAUUCCCUUGGAGCUUCUAUUAUCUUAAGAACAUUUAUGUCUACGCAGAAUCCAUUGGUGAUGAAUAUGUGAAAACGAAGGUCAAACAAAUUUCGAGAAAACAUAGUCCAAUUAAAAGAUCAGAUUUCAGAGAGUACAGUGCAAACAAAUACAAUUAG